CUCUGAAGCCCGCCGUGGGCUGAAAUGGCCACUAUCAAGCCCAUCGAGGGCAGGUCGAUACACCAAAUCCAGUCCGGCCAGGUCAUUGUCGACAUCUGCUCCGUCGUGAAGGAGCUCGUGGAGAACGGCCUGGACGCUGGAGCUACAUCCAUUGAGGUGCGCUUCAAGAACCAUGGCCUGGACUCCAUUGAAGUGCAGGACAAUGGCGAGGGCAUUGCGCCGGAUGAUUACGAGACAAUAGCUCUGAAGCAUUACACUUCCAAACUCUCCUCCUACGAUGACCUCUCUUCCCUCCAGACCUUUGGCUUCCGCGGCGAGGCCUUGUCCUCCCUCUGUGCGCUUUCCAACUUCUCCAUCACUACAGCAAGAGCGGUAGAUGGCCCCAAAGGCACGAAACUCGACUUUGAGGUCUCAGGGAAGCUGAAGGGCACAUCGGUCAUUGCUAGCCAGAAAGGAACGACAGUCACUGUCGAGAGUCUCUUCAACAACUUGCCAGUUCGACGAAGAGAAUUGGAAAGGAACAUAAAGCGUGAAUAUGGAAAAGUCCUGGGCUUGUUGCACGCGUACGCUUGUGUCAGCGCCAGCGUGCGCUUUUCAGUCAGCAACCAAAUGCCGAAAGGGAAGAAAGUUGUUGCAUUCUCUACCAAGGCAAAUCCGACUACUCGGGACAACAUAGCAAAUAUCUACGGUGCCAAAACGUUGCUCGCCCUGGUUCCUCUAGAACUGAAAUUCGAAAUGGACCCUUCUGCAAGGCCAACCAAGAGUGCCAAGAACUGGAGCACACAGGAGGAUGGCGAGUCAAGAGGUGUCGAGAUUCUCGGUCAUAUAUCACGCCCUGUAAUAGGCGAAGGUCGGCAGACUCCUGAUCGCCAAAUGUUCUUCGUCAACUCCCGUCCUUGCGCUCUCCCCCAAGUCUCAAAGGCUUUCAACGAAGUAUACAAAUCGUACAACGUUACGCAAUCCCCUUUCAUUUUCGCCGAUCUUAAAAUUGAUACUAACGCCUACGAUGUCAAUGUGUCUCCUGAUAAGAGAACCAUUCUUCUGCAUGACCAAACCACCCUGUUAGAAAAACUAAAAUCCUCCUUGACCCAGCUUUUUGAAGGACAGGAUCAAAGCGUCCCUCAAGCACAACUCUCGGUCCGCAAGUUGCCUGACUAUCGUCCUUUGACGGUAUCGCGGGAAUCUCCAAGCGUAGCUCGGGAGCUUGACCUUGCCCCGCCUGAUGCAAAUGAGGAUGAUGCAACACAAAGUGAAUGCGACGAACCGCAGUCGUCCAAAAGUAGCGACGUAGCAGCGCACAACAAUGGGGCCAUCUCAAAGGAAAAAGAAAAACUCAUAAAAUCAUUACAUCCGAAGGAUGGAGUGCUUAUAGAUGAUUCGGACAGACAAGUCCUCGAAGAGGACAAACCUCAGGACCUCCCAGUUUCCGCUUCACCGAUGAUUCCAAGAGAGGUCCAAGACUUCAAUGCUCGUAUAGCCUCGCAGCAUUCAAAGCAAAUGGAAAAAGAAGCUACCAUGUCGCCUCAGUCGCCACCAGAGCAAAGUAUCGCGACAGUUAAGCAGACCCCGCAGAAAGGCACCCAAAGUACAAUUCAGAAUGCAUUUGAUCGGAUGAGACUCAAAAGGACUCCGACAGAGACAGCUACAAUCACUGUCGGAGACACCACUACGAUAGCAACUGUCGGAAGUAUGCCAAGGAAACGCCGCCGCAUUCAUACUCCAAAACAUGGAGUCAAUGCAACGCCGACGCCGUUGUUCGGGAGCGCACUAAAGGCAUUUUCCGCUCCGGGUACUCAAGUAGAAAGCGAAGAGGAAAGCGACGAAGGUGAUGGUAAAGCAGCAGCGAGAGGAGACAGUGCCGAGCCAGAGGAUAGUGGCUCUGUCGAAAGUGAAAAACACAGCCCAUCUGCUGAUCUGGAUGCAGACGAGAUGCUUGAUGGGGAAUCCGAGGCCGAAGACGUCGACCAAACCCCACAUAGGAGAAGCCAUAGCACGGAAAAGAAUUACGAGAUUGGUGAAGAAGUAGUAAAAGAUGGCAGCGAAGAUGACUCUGAUGGAGAGUAUGUGGGCGAAGAAGAAAAGAAGUUGCGCGAAGACGCUAAGGUCGCACAAAUGAUUGCAGCAGCGGAGAAAGCGGCGGCACGACCUUCCCAGGACAAUAUUAAACGGGCAGCCACUGUUUUAAAAAGCACUAGCAAACGCUAUUCCACACUCCAGCUCGUCCAAUAUGUCGAGAUCUCUGUUGAAAGCCUGGGAAAGAGACUUUCGUCCUUGAAUCAGGCGAACGGCGCAACUAUGAAUGGACUCGCGAAUGCCGUGGAAGAAGAAGAUAUUGAUGCCGACCUAGCGUCACUCACGACACCUGAGGAGCGACUUUCUCUCACUGUUGCUAAAUCCGACUUUGACCGUAUGAGAAUAAUCGGGCAGUUCAAUCUUGGCUUCAUCCUCGCCGUUCGACCUUUCAUGUCGCCAAAAGUCUCUAGAGGCCACAAUUCGAAAACCGCCUCUGACCUCUUCAUCAUCGAUCAGCAUGCGUCGGACGAGAAAUACAACUUCGAACGGCUAGCUGGCUCGACAACUCUUGUACCUCAGCGCCUUGUUCGCCCACAUGCUUUGACUCUGACCGCUAUCGAAGAGGAGAUCAUUCUCGCCAAUGAAUCUGUUCUUCUCGCAAACGGUUUCGUCGUCAGCAUCGACACUUCUGGCGAUUCGCCAGUAGGAAAGCGCUGUCAACUGCUCUCCUUACCUAUGAGUCGGGAAGUUACUUUCAAACCUUCUGACCUCGAAGAGUUGCUAGCACUUCUCUCCGACCACGGCCACAUCGGCCAGGAGAUCCCGCGUCCAACCAAAGUCAGGCGUUUGCUUGCCAGCAGAGCUUGCAGAGGGAGCGUCAUGAUUGGCAAAACAUUGAGCCUCGGUCAGAUGGAGAAGGUGGUGCGGCAUAUGGGUAGUAUGGAAAAGCCGUGGAGCUGUCCGCACGGCAGGCCCACAAUGCGACAUUUGUUCGGACUAGGUGAGUGGCAAAGUUGGGAAGAGGGACAGGGUAUCACAGGCUUGGGUGAACAAAUGGGUAAGACAGAUUGGGGAGGCUGGGUGAAGGGAAAAAGCAAGAGGUAAUCCUCGGAGGCAUGUGCUGGGAUCAUUUCAGAGCAUAAGAGCUACUUGAACCUCUUUCUGUAGGAAGGAGCUCGUUUCUCGUUAUUCAUUGCUAAACUAAUACUAAGACGUUAUAAGCAACCGUACCUAUAUCCAUGGAUCGCAAACUCUACUAGAACAAAAAGGUGCCUAGUCAGAAGUUUGUCCGUCUGUAUGCUUGGAAGAUGUAGGGUGCUUUUCGCACUUUAUUUAGUCCCGGGGUAGGCCAAGAAGGCUGCGGAAAUGGUAUGCGGGUUUCGUCAUGC